AUGGAGACCCAGUCGCCAGAUAGCAUUUCGCCGGCUCAGCAGUCAAAUGUCAAACAACCAGCGUGUCUGAAUUGUCGCCGCAGCAAGAUCCGAUGUAAUCGCCCAACAGGCCACUCCCGCUGUGAGAAAUGCCGACAAAGUAAUGUGGACUGCGUUGUGCCCAGCCACCACCUGGGUCGGCAAAAGGGUGUCAAAAACAAGCGCAAAGGCCUCGAAAAGGCUAUACAUCAGAUUGAACAGGCCAUCAAGAGGCCCAAAGUGGACCCAUCAAGUUCAGACGAGGCACAAAAAGCAAUCUCUGGCUUGCAAGAAUUGCUCAGCCAAGUGCAGAAUCAGCUGAAGGGAGGGUUUGAGAAUAGUGCGACCGGCGACAGCAGCCGUGAAGGCGUUGAGCUGUCUCCGCGGGAAACCGUCGCAGACGAAAGCCUGGCUCUUGAUGAUGCAGAAAAUCCACUUCAGCUUCUAGCGAGAGCUUCAGAUUUGCAGUUCUCCCCAACAGAGAUUCGCCAGCCCUUGAAGCCGGCAGUGUCUGUUUCCCAUCAAUCACUGGGCCCACCGCUCGAUAUCCACGAUAGUGGCCAUACGAGCGCAAAGUCGUUCUUCGUGCCAGUGCAGGCAAAACCCGAUGUCGGGCCAAGUCUGGAUCCCAUAGAUCUGGGGCUUGUCACUUUUGAUGAAGCAGACUCAUUAUUCUCCUUCUUCUAUCAAAAUCUCGCACACACGAGAUGGGGACUGGAUCCUCUUGUACAUACAACCUCCUUUGUGCGCUCGCAAUCUGCAUUUUUGCUUACCUCGAUCAUGGCGGGAACAGCUCUCUUCCUGCCAUCUGCCGCAGCCCUCUCGAAUCGCCUGUCCCGACACUGUAAGUGGCUCGCAAAGCAGAUCGUCGCGCACCGCUAUCGAUCAGUCGAGAUUGUCCUUGCAUUCAUGGUCAAUAUACCGUGGAUGGCACCUGGUGAGAGACUUGGGGAUGAUGACACUUGUUCAUAUAUCGCCAUGGCACUAACACUAGCGAUGGAUCUUUCCCUGAACAAGAUUGUGUCACCAAUAGUGUCAGGCGUGGAUGGAGACUCAUUAAAACGGCUAUCACGAGCGGAUUGCAUUGACGCCAAACGAGCACUGCAUAUGGACGGAUUCAGCGACGUCGACCCCCGCUCACAAUGGGGUCGCCGCUUGUUGCUUCGGCGUGAGAGGGCCUGGAUCGCGCUUUUCGUGGUCGAAAGGGGUGUUUGCUUGGCUCGUGGACGAACCUCGACCAUUCCCUCGACCGCGCUCAUUGAGAAGUGUGACUGCUGGUAUCUGUCAGAUCUUGCUGAUCAACGCGACGGUUCAAUGAACUCCAUGGCAGUAUUGCGUCGAGACUUGGAUGAAUUGCUCAAAAGGGUCAAAAGCAGUUGCGACACCUACCGUACCAAUGACACCGGCUCGCAGACUGCACAGGCCAUCAAGACAACCAUCGAGAGUUUCUUUGAACGAUGGUACACAAGAUGGUCAAUCUCGAUCAGCGAGAAUGGUGCACAAUCUCUCCCACCGUAUGUUGAGAUCCUCGUGACCCACACUCAACUGUCCACUUAUGGCGGUGUCAUCAACCACCCUAACGCCCCGGUGGAAGUCAAACGCUUCUUCCGGGCAGCAGGACUAUCCUCGGCACUGAAUGUCCUCCGGGCCGCCAUUCAAGGCGAAGCACGUCUGAAAUCGAUGCCUAACAACACCGUCAUCAUGAUCUCCUACGCUGCAUGUGCUGCGCUCAGUCUGAGCGUAACACCAGGCGACAGCCGUUCAAGCCUUGCGCCCAGCGUGCGGGCCUUGAUAGAAGAAACGGCCGGUGUCCUCGAGAGAAUAGGCGCAACCCCAAGCCAUCGAAAUGGCGCAUCCGUGCUAUACGGGCGAUUCUUACGUGAAAUCAUACGUCGGGGCCCAACACAAUCUACCCAUCCGCACGUCAACCCCAGACCACUCAAUCCGUCUCAGCCCGGCGUUGCGACAAUCCCUCUCGCUGCGCCAGGGCCAUCGCUGGCGACAUCAACCGCUCUGUCUCAGGAUGUUCUUCAGACCGGGGAUCUCUGGUCUGAACCAAUGCAUUUCUCGGCAAUGUCAGACAAUCAGAUUAUUGACGCGGUUAACCGCGCUGGCAGUGCAUUUGGAGCUUCGAUUCCCGAUGUCCCGGUGGAUGACAUGCUUAGUUGGGAUUGGCUUGAUUAUGCUACUACGGAUUUUACUGGAUUCUAA